AUGAAAGCAACACCGAACCUUCUCCUCCUUUGGGGCACCUCCCUUCUCUCCCACACCACCUCUGCCUUCGUCAUCGACAACAACAACCAUUACCAACAACAACCACUCAUCGUCGAUGAUGCUUCCAUCUCUCCCCUCCAGAUCUCUACCUCAUCCGCUGCCAACGAUGGGCCAUCCUACCGCAAGAACCUCCUCUCCCUCCACAAAUCCCUAAUCGAAAUCCCCUCCAUCUCUCGCACCGAGCAAGAAGUCGGCAAGUUCCUCCUUGACUACCUCCGUAACAACCUCGGCUACGCAGCCAAGGCCCAAUUCCUCGAAAGCGACAAGACUUCCCACGGUUCUGACGGCGAUGACCACUCCCAAGGGCGCUUCAACGUGCUCGCCUGGCCCAGCUCGCACAACCUGUCCAGCCCACGCGUGCUAGUCACCUCGCACAUCGAUGUCGUCCCGCCCUUCAUCCCUUACCACAUCAACACCCCUGAGGGGUCCGACCAAGUCACAUCCGACACUUUCAUCAGCGGACGCGGCUCCGUCGACGCCAAAGCCAGCGUGGCCGCGCAAAUUGUCGCGGUCGAGGAGCUCAUCCGCGCCAAAGAGGUCGACCCGGCCGACCUGAUGCUCCUCUUCGUCGUGGGCGAAGAAAUCAGCGGCGACGGGAUGAAGACUUUCUCAGCCGCUUACAACGAUCAAGACGCUGACAAGAGCAACAACAACAACAACAAGAAGGAGUUGCCCCGGUUGCAUUUCAACGCGGCCAUCUACGGCGAGCCAACAGAGAACAAGCUCAGCUGCGGACACAAGGGCCACGCGGGCGGGUUGCUCAAGGCGCAGGGAAUCGCGGGUCACUCGGGCUACCCGUGGCUGUUCAAGAGCGCCACCGAAGUACUGGUCAAGGCGCUCGCAAAGAUCAUUUCGGCGGACCUAGGCAGCAGCGAGCGCUACGGCAACACGACGGUGAACAUUGGUACCAUUGCUGGCGGUGUGGCGGCGAACGUGAUUCCCAAGGAGGCGCAGGCCAAGCUGGCCAUCCGCGUGGCGGUGGGCAACCAGACGACGGGCGCGAAUAUCGUGAGGGAGGCGGUGGAUAAGAUCUUGAAGGAGACGGAUGCCGAGGCGUUCACGAUGGAGUGGAACGGCGGGUAUGGUCCUGUGGAGUGUAAUUGCGACGUGGACGGGUUUGAGACGAUGGUGGCGAGCUAUGGGACGGAUGUGCCUAACUUUGAGGGUGACCAUGUUAGUUAUUUGUAUGGCCCUGGAACCAUCUUGGUGGCGCAUGGUGAUGAUGAGGGGUUGAAGGUUGGCGAUUUGGAGACUGCGGUGGAGGGGUACAAGACGCUUAUCAAGCAUGCCCUUGCUGCUUGA